UCAAUUUAGUGAAAAAAGAAAAUACGUCGCUCCGUCCAAUUUUCUUUGAAAAAUUUCUUAAAGAAAAAUUAUGUUCAAAGCAGAGAAUUAUAUAUCGGAUAGCGAUGAAAGCGAUGAAGAUUUUUGUCCGGAAAAUGAAGCGGAAGCAGAAAGUGCGGAAGAAGAAAGUGGUGUUGAUGAAGAUCAAGUUGAAGACAAUUCCGACAAUUCCGAUAAUAAAGAAAGAAUUAAAACCAACUCCACCAAAGCCGACACAGCUAAGACAAGAAAGAAAAAAAUUAAAAAAAUAAAUAAAAAUAAUACAAAGAAUGAAAUUUCCAAACAACGUCCAAAUACAAGGCAAAUUUGUGAAAGCAAAGGCAAAUCGCUAUCAGAAAAGGUAACUUUGGAGUCGGACGAAGACGAUAAAACACGCACUGAUGCUUUAUGGGCAGAUUUUUUGAACGAUGUGAAGCCUACAUCUAAGCAAGAGAAUGAAGAAGCCACCAAUAUAACCAGUUCCUCAAUAAAUGAUAAGGGAAAGCCAGUAGACAUGACCGAACAACAAUCUAAAAUGAAAACAAUUCAAGAAAAUACAACUGAGAGCAAAGACAAAUUAAUUGUAACGGAAGUAAUGGAUUUUGCAGGUGAAGAGAUACGCAUACAGAAACAAAUUGAUCUGAAUAGCAGUAGCAGUAAGAAGGAGAAUAGAGCCGCCCUUACAGCGACGCCUAAAAUGCAACCGUUUGGACGCAUAAUGCCGGGAGCUGGCUUGAAAAGACAAUCAUCUUCUUUAAGCGGAAGCAGUUCAUCGGGUAGUGGCUUGGGUACAAUUCUCAAUCAAAUUGGUAAAAAGAAAAAACUUUCUGUACUGGAGAAAACAAAGUUGGAUUGGAAUUCUUUCAAGCAUGACGAAGGAAUUGCAGAAGAAUUGCAAACAUUUAAUAAAGGCAAAGAUGGGUACUUAGAACGUCAAGACUUUCUACAGCGUACUGAUUUACGUCAAUUCGAAAUUGAGAAAAGCUUACGACAUUCACGGCGAAAUCAUUGAAUAAAUCAUCAUAUAUAACUUAAAUAUAUCUAAUAGAACUUUAUAGAAUUAUGAUCUAUAUAUACAUUUUUCAUCUUUUUUUACCAAUUAUAACUUCGUUGUAAUUAAGUCUCAAUUAUUAUUAAGUAUUGUGCUACUUUAUGAAGGAUCGAAACCUUUUUUUUUUUUUUUUUUUUUUGUCCACUUAGUAUUUACUUUUACGCUUUUUGCAAGUAAUUAUCUGAAAAACUUAUUUCCAAACUGAUUUUGCAUAAUCAUGCCAACUAAUCAGAUCAGGUAUUCAUAGAAUUAAAUGUCAUAUUAUAGUAACGUGCGUUUUUUUGAUGUCGAUGUAAACAUUUUGGCUUGAAAUGAAUAAAAAUAUCUAAAUGCUAUUAAAAAAGAUUUGGUUUUCGAAAUUACAA